GUAUGGAAGCAUGGUCUACACCAAUGCUUUCUAUCUAUCUAUCUUCCCUCCCCAUGUGAAAAGAUAUAUCUACCCUUAAUUUCUCAUGCUUCCCAGGAAAUCAUAGGAAUCACUGGUUAUGAAAGUCCGGUUUUGCCACGACCCAUACUAGGCCCGUUCAUCUGAAGUUCACAGAUCAAAGUAUUUUCCUUGCCUUCGCAAACACGGGAGCAUUUUAAAACCUUAUACAAGGAAGAAGGAAAACCCAAGUAGCAGUGGAGUUCAUUACUCGGUCACAGCGCCUAGAGCCCUAAACGAUUAGUUUCAACGGGCUGACCUCAUCAUCUAACGAAUUCCCUAUAUUUUUGACUGUUGCGUUCCUUGACUUUAAAAGAUGGAGGCGGAAGAUGCUCGUCGCAAGGCUGCAAUUGCUGAAUACCGUAAAAAGCUUUUACAGCACAAGGAGCUUGAUUCCAGAGUUAGAGGAGUUAGGGAGAAUCUACGAAAUUCAAAGAAGGAUUUUGCUAAAACUGAAGAUGAUCUGAAGUCUCUUCAAAGUGUUGGACAGAUAAUAGGGGAAGUUCUGAGGCCUCUUGACAAUGAGCGCUUGAUAGUUAAAGCAAGCAGUGGUCCAAGAUAUGUUGUCGGGUGUCGCAGUAAAGUAGAUAAGGAGAAGCUGACUGCUGGGACCAGAGUAGUUCUUGAUAUGACCACACUCACUAUCAUGCGGGCCCUUCCUCGUGAAGUUGAUCCAGUUGUUUACAACAUGCUUCAUGAAGAUCCUGGUAAUGUUAGCUACUCUGCUGUGGGUGGAUUGUCUGAUCAGAUCCGGGAACUCAGGGAGUCUAUUGAGCUCCCUCUUAUGAAUCCCGAACUCUUCCUUAGAGUAGGGAUUAAACCCCCCAAGGGUGUUCUUCUCUAUGGACCUCCGGGAACAGGCAAGACACUGUUGGCAAGAGCCAUUGCCAGUAAUAUAGAUGCCAAUUUCCUUAAGGUUGUAUCAAGUGCUAUAAUUGAUAAAUAUAUAGGCGAGAGUGCAAGAUUGAUAAGGGAGAUGUUUGGCUAUGCACGUGAUCACCAACCUUGCAUCAUCUUUAUGGAUGAAAUUGAUGCCAUUGGUGGCCGCCGAUUUAGUGAGGGUACAAGUGCAGAUCGUGAGAUACAAAGGACACUGAUGGAGCUUCUUAAUCAGCUUGAUGGGUUUGAUCAGCUUGGGAAGGUUAAAAUGAUUAUGGCAACAAACAGACCUGAUGUACUGGAUCCUGCACUUCUCCGCCCAGGACGUCUAGACAGGAAAAUUGAGAUUCCAUUGCCUAAUGAGCAAUCACGAAUGGAAAUCCUAAAAAUCCACGCUGCUGGAAUUGCAAAACAUGGUGAGAUCGACUAUGAGGCUGUAGUAAAACUUGCAGAGGGUUUCAAUGGGGCUGAUCUUCGGAAUGUCUGCACUGAAGCGGGGAUGUCUGCAAUUCGUGCUGAACGUGAUUACGUUAUCCAUGAAGAUUUUAUGAAGGCUGUGCGGAAGCUGAAUGAAGCAAAGAAGCUUGAAUCAAGUGCUCACUACAAUGCAGACUUUGGGAAGGAUUGAGUGGAACGUGCAUGCUCUCAAUUGGUAAAAGCCAGGAAUGCUGGGGCAUUGCAUGUUCUCUCUUAUGCUGCGGUCCCUAUCCUCCUUCGAAAACUCCAUACUUGCAAAAGGGUAGUUAUCCAUGUAACAAAGGAAUAUAAUGUUUCCAAAAAUCACAAUAAGAUUAUGAAUCAUCUAUUUUUUAAUCUAUGUUGUAUGUCCCGCUCAUAGUUGGGAGAAUGCACAAUAUUUUCUAGAGUACUAAUACACAUGCAUACCAAUACAAGGAGUAUUUGUUUGAAUUA